AUGGGUCGUCUGUUUACAUUCCAGCCACCAUGUCGUUUCUCAAUAUACUUCCUGCCCCAAAAUCUUUCCCUUUCAUUGUCCCUUAUCUUCUAUUUGAGAACACUAUGUCUAGUGACCAAGUUCAACGCCAUGAUUUCGGGCCUAUUUCAAACUUGGAAUGUGCGUAUGAAUGGGGUGUCACAAGAAAUCGGACGUUCCUCUGAGGGUGAUCUUGUCUCUUUGGCUGAGAAAGAACCAAUAAUGCAUGAAACGGCUUCAGCACGGAGCCUAUUGUCCGCUCAGGGGAUCCAUUUCUACUUCUUGCUUUUCAGGGAGUAUCGUUCCUGCUUUGUGGGCCUUGACUUGAUCGGUGAGCAG